AUGCUUUUAUUUCCAUUAUCUGUGACAUGUUUAAUCAACAUAUGGGUAUCAAUGUAUUCAGUUAUCCGCGUUCAUCAAUGGCUUGCAGAUACUGGCCUCAAUUUUAUUGCUAGCCAACUUUUAUUUAUUCCUGCGAUCAUUGCAUUUGCAUUCACAUUAGUUCUUUGCUUUGCAUGUUUUUAUAUCGUAUGGAAUGAUCCAAAAAUCAUGUAUGUUGUAUAUGCAACUGGAAUUUUAGGAACAGUUAUUUCAAUUUUCUUCGGAGCGAAAUUAGUGCUACAACCUACAGUCUUCUUUGUUGGGUACACCAACGUUUGGGCAAAAUAUAUUAACACACCUCGCACAUUUUACGUCCAAGAAAGAUUACGUUGCUGUGGCUAUAAUAGAGUGAAAGAAUUCAGUGCAGAUACAUGCUCAGCAAGUACAUCAAGCCCCUGCCUCAAGCGAAUUAUCAAAGAUUAUGCUUCAAGCAUUCAAAUCGGCGGAAUCGGGUUAUUUGCUCAUGGUAUAUCAUUUGGUAUGGCAAUAUUCUUUGCCAUUAUCAAUCCAUAUAUCGUACCAGUACCUGCUACAGAAGCUCCUAUCAAUCUUCCAGAGAUUUAA